AUGUACAACCGUCCCGAGACUCCCUCGUCCAACCCGGCCUUCCUGUCGCCCCAGCAGACUCCCACCGGCAGUCCCAGCAAGCACCAUGCCCCGCCCGGUGCCUAUGACUUGCCCAAUGUCUUCGACAAUGCCAUGAAGCUCAUGCCCACCGUCGGCACUCCCAGCCGCAUCGCUCGUCCUGUCCAGCACUCGCCCGCCUCGCCCAGCCCCAACAGGUCGGAAUUCGACCAAGGCAGCCCAACGCGCAGGGCGAACAAGGAAAACACGCCGCCAGACAGGCCGGCGGUGCCCAAAGAGUCCAACUUCGUGACACAGGCCGCCGCCUCACGCCAGGAGCCCUACAAGCCGCGCGGCGACGCCUCUGUCGGCAAGACGUACAAUCUCCAGCGCGGCCUGUCUCCAGAGGACGUCGAGAAGUUGCAGAAGCCUUCGGUCAAGCGCCUGGCCAAUGUCACCCAGCUCUACUUCCUCGACUACUACUACGACCUCCUCUCCUACGUCCACAAUCGUCAGACCCGUUUGUCGCAAUUCAAGGCGCAAUACCCGCCUCCCCCCGACACGCCCGACGAAGAGUACCAUGAAGUGCUCCAAAAAUACCUUGGUCGCGAACGCGCAAACCUGCGCAAGCGUAGGACUAGGUUGAGGCACGGUGACUUCCAAAUCCUCACGCAGGUCGGACAGGGUGGUUAUGGACAGGUCUAUCUCGCCCAGAAGAAGGACACGCGCGAGGUGUGCGCCCUCAAGGUCAUGAGUAAGAAGUUGCUGUUCAAGCUUGACGAAGUCCGACACGUCCUCACCGAACGCGACAUCUUGACCAAUGCCAAGAGCGAGUGGCUCACCAGGCUGCUCUAUGCCUUCCAGGACGAGAGAAGCAUCUACCUGGCCAUGGAAUACGUGCCCGGUGGAGAUUUCCGUACUCUGCUCAACAACACUGGCGUGCUGCACAACCGCCACGCACGAUUCUACGUCGCCGAGAUGUUCUCUUGCGUCGACUCCCUGCACCAGCUCGGCUACAUCCACCGUGACUUGAAGCCCGAAAACUUCCUCAUCGACAGCACCGGCCACGUCAAGCUCACCGACUUUGGUCUCGCCGCGGGCAUGCUCGCACCCGCCAAGAUUGAAUCCAUGCGAGUGAAGCUCGAGUCGGUGGGCAACGUCGCGGUUCCCUUCGGCCGGCCCAUGGAGGAGCGUACGGCGGCGGAACGACGAGACGCGUAUCGGUCACUGCGCGAGCGCGACGUCAACUACGCCAAGAGCAUCGUCGGUAGCCCUGACUACAUGGCGCCCGAAGUGCUCAAGGGUGAAGAGUACGACUUCACGGUCGACUACUGGAGUCUGGGAUGCAUGCUGUUCGAGGCGCUGGCGGGAUACCCGCCGUUUGCGGGCGCGACGGUGGACGAGACUUGGCAGAACCUGAAGCAGUGGAAGAAGGUGCUCAAGAAGCCCGUGUACGAGGACCCGAGCUACUUCCUGAGCAAGCGGACGUGGGAUCUGAUUACGCGGCUGGUGGCGUCCAAGACGUCGCGCUUCCGCGGCAUCAGCGAGAUCCACGCGCACGCCUAUUUUGCCGAGGUGGACUGGGAGAAGCUGCGCGAGCAAAAGGCGCCGUUUGUGCCCGAGCUCGACAGCGAGACGGACGCGGGCUACUUUGACGACUUUGGCAAUGAGGCAGAUAUGGCCAAGUACAAGGAGGUGCACGAGAAGCAGCAGGCGCUGGAGACGAUGGCGGAGCGCGAGGAGAAAAUGAGCAAGAGCUUGUUUGUCGGCUUUACGUUCAGGCACCGCAAGAACCCAGCCGACGAGAACGGCAAGGCCGAGAGCGCCAGGAAGCCCUUGCAGACCGUCAACGAGGACUUUGGCACCAUGUUCUAA